GUUCCUUCUACCUCAUCACAGCUCCUGAUGCAGAUUAUUCUGUGGCUCCGCACUCACAGUGUCUCCAGCUGCGGUUCAGACUGACUGACAGACCUUCAGUAACACUGCCACCUGCUGCUGACUGGCAGCACUGCAGCUCACACUGGCUCGCAGACUGACGUUUCUGGAUUUGGAUUUGAAGGUAUGAAGAUGUGACGGCUGUCGGUCGGAUGAACACCAGCGGCGUCUGUCGGCGUCUGCAGACGAGGAAAAGUGUGUUUGAUCUCAUGUGGAGCUGAACUGGUGAGAACCCUGACAGCAGGAAGCCACGAUGACACCAGAAAGCCUUGUGAACACUCUGGAGGAUUUAACAGCAGAGGAAUUUGUGAAAUUCAGAUGGUAUCUGAACCAGGAAGACGUGCUGGAAGGCCACCGACCCAUCAAAUGGUCCAAGCUGGAGAGGGCAGACAUGUUUCAAACCGUGACUCUGAUGGUGAACGCCUAUAAAAUGGAUGGAGCUCUGACGGUGACCAAGACGGUUUUAGAGAAGAUACCCAGAAACGACCUGGUGCAGAGACUACCGGACACCAGCUCAGGACCAGGAGUGGGUGUCAGUGAUGGUGGACAGACUCCAGACAACAGAGGACCUUCCUCCUCUCAGACUGAAGAUGAUAUUGUUCCAGUACCAGAGCCACGACCCAUCUCAGAUUACCAAAAAAUACUUAAGUCACACCUUCAGGAUAAGUUCAUCUGUACUCAAGAGGGGUGGGGAGAGACUAAGGAACGUCUGGAUGACAUCUACACAGAGCUGUACAUCACCACCAGCCGUGACACACACAUCGACAAACAGCAUGAGGUCAGACAGAUUGAGGUGGUGAGGAAACCAACAGAAACAGAUGAACCAAUUAAACCCAGAGACAUGUUCAAACCCCCCUCUGGAAAAUAUAAACCCGUAAGAACAGUCCUGACCAAUGGAAUUGCAGGAAUUGGCAAAACAUUUCUUGCGCGCAAGUUUGUGUUGGACUGGGCUGAAGGAAGAGUCAAUCAAGAUGUGCACCUCAUGUUCCCCUUCACCUUCCGCCAGCUGAAUUUAUGGAAGGGAGAAGAGUUAUGUUUGGCAAAGCUAAUUCAUAAAUGUAUCAGAGAGACCAAAGACAUCAAGGUAGAAGCUCUGAAUCACAUCUUCAACACUCUGCAGUCCUCAGCAAACACAAACUAUGACAAAAGUAAAUUCAAACUUCUGUUUGUCUUGGAUGGACUGGAUGAGAGCCGACUUCAUCUGGACUGCUCUGAGAGUAAAAACCAGGACACAGACUUUGAUGUCACAGAGUCCACCUCAGUGGAUGUGCUGCUGACAAACCUCAUCAACAGGAACCUGCUUCCAUCUGCGCGCCUCUGGAUAACCACACGACCUGCAGCGGCCAGUCAGAUCCACUCAGAUUUUGUUGACGUGGUGACAGAGGUCAGAGGGUUCACUGACCCACAGAAGGAGGAGUAUUUCAGGAAGAGAUCCAGAGAUGAGGAGCAGGCCAGCAGAAUCAUCUCCCACAUCAAGACAUCACGAAGCCUCCACAUCAUGUGCCACAUCCCAGUCUUCUGCUGGAUCACUGCUACAGUUCUGGAGGAUGUGUUGAAGACCAGAGAGGGAGGAGAGCUGCCCAAAACCUUGACUGAGAUGUACGCAGAAUUCCUGAGGUUUCAGAUUCAUCAAACGAAAGACAAAUACAAACUACAAAAGGGCAUUGAGUACAUCAAGUCAUUAGCACAACUGGCUUACCAGCAACUGGAAAAGGGCAACCUGAUCUUCUAUGGAAAAGACCUUAAAGAUAGUGGAACUGAUGUCAGAGGAGCCUCGGUGUGCUCAGGAGUGUUCACGGAGAUCUUUAAAGAGGAACGCGGGAAGAAGAAUGAAGACAAAAUGUUUAGCUUCGUCCAUCUGAGUGUUCAGGAGUUUCUGGCUGCUCUUCAUGUCCAUCAGACAUUCAUCAACUCUGGUGUCAACCUGCUGGCAGAAGAACAAGCAAAGUGGUCUAAACUAUUAUUGCCUGCAAUAUUUAAAAACAAACCAGAACCAGCUCUCCUGUACCAGAGUGCUGUGGACAAGGCCUUGCAGAGUCCAAAUGGACACUUGGACUUGUUCCUCCGCUUCCUCCUGGGUCUUUCACUUCAGACCAAUCAGAUUCUCCUACGGGAUCUGAUGGCACACACAGGAAGUAUCUCACAGACCAGUCAGGAACUAGUUGAAUAUGUCAAGAAGAAGAUCAGUGAGAAUCUGUCUCCAGAGAGGAGCAUCAAUCUGUUCCACUGCCUGAAUGAACUGAAUGAUCGUUCUCUGGUGGAGGAGAUCCAACAGUCCCUGAGGUCAGGAAGUCUCUCAGAUGAACUGUCUCCUGCUCAGUGGUCAGCUCUGGUCUUCAUCUUACUGUCAUCAGAAGAAGAUCUGGACGUGUUUGACCUGAAGAAAUACUCUGCUUCAGAGGAGGCUCUUCUGAGGCUGCUGCCAGUGGUCAAAGCCGCCAGCAAAGCUCUACUGAGUGGCUGUAAUCUGUCAGAGAGAAGCUGUGGAGCUCUGUCCUCAGUUCUCAGCUCCCAGUCCUCUAGUCUGAGAGACCUGGACCUGAGUAACAAUGACCUGCAGGCUUCAGGAGUGAAGCUGCUGUCCGCUGGACUGAUGAGUCUGAACUGUAAACUGGAGAUUCUCAGGUUGAGUGACUGUAAUGUGUCAGAGAGAAGCUGUGGAGCUCUGUCCUCAGUUCUCAGCUCCCAGUACUCUAGUCUAAGAGACCUGGACCUGAGUAACAACGACCUGCGGGAUUCAGGAGUGACGCUGCUCUCUGCUGGACUGAGGAGUCCAAACUGUCAGCUGGAGACUCUCAGACUGAGUGGCUGUAACCUUUCAGGGAGAAGCUGUGAAGCUCUGUCCUCAGUUCUCAGCUCCCAGUCCUCUAGUCUGAGAGAGCUGGACCUGAGUAACAACGACCUGCAGGAUUCAGGAGUGACGCUGCUGUCUGCUGGACUGAGGAGUCCACAUUGUACACUGGGGACUGUCUGGUUGAGCGGCUGUAACCUGUCAAGGAGAAGCUGUAAAGCUCUGUCCUCAGUUCUCAGCUCCCAGUCCUCUAGUCUGAGAGCGCUGGACCUGAGUAACAACGACCUACAGGAUUCAGGCCUGAAGCUGCUGUCUGCAGGACUAAGGAGUCCACACUGUACACUGGGGACUGUCUGGUUGAGUGACUGUAACAUGGCAGAGAGAGGCUGUGAAGCUCUGUCCUCAGUUCUCAGCUCCCAGUCCUCUAGUCUGAGAGAGCUGGACCUGAGUAACAACCACCUGCAGGAUUCAGGAGUGAAGCUGCUGUCUGCAGGACUGGGCAGUCCAAACUGUCAGCUGGAGACUCUUAGGUCAGGAUUAAUUAACCUAUUAAUGGAGAACCAGAAUUGUCACAUGGUGUUUUUGUCAUGUUUCUUGUCAUUUUUAUCACGUAUUGAGAAAAGCAUUCUCAUGUGUCUUGUAAAUGUAAAGCUGCUGUCUGCUGGACUGAAAAGUCCAAAUUGUCAGCUGGAGAUUCUCAGGUUGUCAGGCUGUAUGAUCACACAGGAAGGCUGUAGUCCUCUGGCCUCAGCUCUGAGAUCCAACCCCACCCACCUGAGAGAGCUGGACCUGCGCUACAAUCAUCCAGGAGACUCAGGAGUGAAGCUGCUGUCUGCUGAACUGGAAGAUCCACACUGGAGACUGGACACUCUCAGGGUGGAACAUGGUGGACAGCAGUGGCUGAAACCUGGUCUGAGGAAGUAUGCCUGUGAACUCACAGUGGACACAAACACAGUAAACACAAACCUCAAACUGUCUGACAACAACAGGAAGGUGACAUUUGUGAGAGAGAAGCAGCCUCAUCCUGAUCAUCCAGAGAGGUUUGUCGGCUGGCCUCAGCUGCUGUGUAGAACUGGUCUGACUGGUCGCUGCUACUGGGAGGUCGAGUGGAGCGGAAGAGUUUUUAUAUCAGUGACUUACAGAGGAAUCAGAAGGAAAGGAGACACUGAUGACUGUGUGUUUGGAGGGAAUCAUCAGUCCUGGAGUCUGAUGUGCUCUGAUGUUGGUUUCUCUGUCUGGCACAAUAACAGAAGUACAGACCUCCCCUCCUCCCCCUCCUCCCCCUCCUCCUCCUCCUCUGUCUCUGAUAGAGUUGCAGUGUAUGUGGACUGUCCUGCUGGCACUCUGUCCUUCUACAGAGUCUCCUCUGACACACUGAUCCACCUCCACACCUUCAACACCACAUUCACUGAACCUCUUUAUGCUGGAUUUCGGUUCUGGUCAUUCGGUUCCUCAGUGUCUCUGAGUUCAGUGUAGGAGGGAGAGUCUCCUCCUGUUAGAGGAACACACACACGCACACACACACUUUUUGUAAGUCAGGCUGACUCAUUAUCACAAUAAAGUGUUUGAAUUUAGUGUUUUUGCUGACUGCACUGCACACACACAGUUUGAAAUAACUUGAAAUCCUUUCAAAUGUGUUUUCAUUCAGCUUUUGUAACAAAGAUUUUAGUUUGAUGUUUUCUGUACUUUACAAUCUGAAUUGAUUUCUCACAUAAAUAAGUGUGUUUAUGCAAUAAAAUCAGGUUCCAGACUCUCA